GAGAUGUGCUGAGAAGUGAUCCCUACACAACGUACUAAUAUUCUGGACCCCAGCAGCACACUCAGUGAAAUGGAGCCUUCCAGUCAUAACUCAGGAGAGGGCCAAGAAAAGGACGGUGCUGAUGAUAUGGCUCCUCCAAAUACUGGGCAUCGUUUUUCCAGGAAAGAGCUAACUUUGUUAUAUGAGGAGGUCCUAUAUACCAUUAUUCAUCGCCUGGGCAAGCCAGAUAUUGGCGACAUCGCUGAGGAACAUCAGCUUAUGGAACAUGUGCAAAAGGCAUUCAACAUGGAACCAGAGGAACACUACUCUAUUUUGAUGAGAGUGAGAGGCCUAGAGCAUCCAACUCGCUGUCUGAAAGUCACAGUAAAAGAAGCCAAAGAAAUUCUGGGGAAGGAUGCUAGUGGUUUUAGUGAUCCCUACUGUCUGCUAGGAAUCCAGACAAAGAGGGAUCACUCUCGGGAUGAAAGUCCUAAGAGAGACAGCCCCAUGCAGAAAAAGAAGAGGAAGGCAGUGGUUCGGGACACCAUUCCAGAUGAGCAGAUUAAGAGGACAGAAAUGAAGAAACAGACUCUGAACCCAGUCUGGAAUGAAACAUUUGUCAUGGAAUUUGAUGAUCCAGGUGGUGAGCUGCAUAUGGACAUGUGGGAUUCUGAUGAUGUGGAAUCAGUCCGACAAAAACUUAUAGAGAUGACAGACCUUCAUGGACUCAAAAGAAUAUUUAAAGAAGCCCGAAAAGACAAAGGACAGGAUGACUUCCUUGGGAACAUUGUCAUCAAGCUAAAGGACUUGCGCUGUUUUGAGGAUAAAUGGUACACGUUGGAGCCACGAACAGAAACCUAUCCAGAUAGAGGACAAUGUCAUCUACAGCUUAAGUUCAUCCAUCAACAGAGAGACACUACGCUUAGUAAGGAGAGUGAAGAAAGCUACACAAUCCACCGCAAUCUGCUGCAACAGUUUGUACAAUAUGAUAUAACUCAGCACAAAGCUGGAAGCACAUCCUGGAAUGGAGAACUCAGUAAGCACACAAGUACCAUUCUGCUGUUACAUGCCACACAGCAUGACCUUCCCCCCUUCCAUCAGGACUUGGCGAAGUGGCUUGCAUACAGUAAGCUUUACCAAAGUUUGGAAUUCAGCUCCAGUUUCCUUCUUCAGCAGCUCACCAGCAUUGAGUACCAGUGGUUCAGCAAUGACCUGGAGCUACAGCAUAAAUCUGAGUUGAAACAGUCUUUUGAAUCAUUGUUAUCUUAUGGGCUAAGGCUUUUUUGGAAAUUCAGAGAUGUUUUCCCACCCACUGUAAAGAAAUCAACAGAAAGAAUGCAGUCUCUGCUCAGGGUACUUGUACAGAUGUGUAAAAUGAAGGCCUUCCAGGAGCUCUGUGAUUUAACCCCUAACUUCAAUGAAAGACUUAUCAUAGCAAUCAAGACUGGUACUAUUGACUGGUUUUAUGCCAAAAAUCAGCACCUUCUACCAAUGGUGAUGAAUGAAGAGGAAAGAGUCAAGUCGCUUGUCAGGCUAACAGAUGAAGUUAGCGUGGACCUUGAAAGCUGCAAAAAAAAGUGGAACAACUGCUUCUUCAACACCGCCAAAAUAGAUCUCUUCAGCGUCUGUUAUGUAACAUUUGAUGGUCUGAUUGCUAAAGAAGUAAAGAAGGGAAUUGCUGACAUCUCAGCCUUAAUGUCACCUGCAACAGCAGAGUUCAUGUUCCAACUGUACGUAUUAGUAAAAGACAUCCAUAAGCGGAGAUGUUUCUUACAAAGCAGGGAAAGUGUUCUUGAGCUGACGGAUUUCCAUUGUUGGUUCAGAGAGGCACUACCAAAAUGGCUGGAGAAAGCCUACACAACAGCAAUGGAAAGAGUAAAGAAAGCUAUAAAGGUUGAUCAGCUGAAACAUCCCGGUGACCUCAACAAGCACAGCUCAUCAGCAGUGGACUUGGCAUUGUGCUUCACCCAGAUCAGGACGACUCUGCAGCGGCUAGAAUGGCCUGAGCCAGAAGAGGCUUUUAUGAUCAUGGUCAGAAUCACUGAAGAUAUGUGCAAAAUAGCUAAAAAUUAUUGUGAAGAAAUCCAGGCCAGAGCAGAAGAGAUUGUAGUAGUAGACAAUGAGGAAGCUACAGCCAGUAAGCUGUGUGUUGUUGUGAAUAAUAUUGAACAGCUCCGUCUGGUGAUUCUCAAACUCCCAGAACAGCUGGACUGGGAAAAUUUAGAGCGACAUGUGAUUCAUAUCAUUGGUGAAGAUCAGUUUCAGAACACUCUCCGUCAUCAACUAAAGACCACCACUACUUAUUUAGACUACGAAAUCAAAGGAGUCAUUCAAACACUGGCACAAAAGCUGCAUGCAGAUAUCAACAGACAUAUACACAACCUAGCAUCUGCAAAUGACUCAGUCCCACUUGAGGACACUGUUGUGCCAUUAAUGCUGUUCCUGGAGUCAGAAUUGAAGUAUAUGAAUCAAAAUUUGGUGCAAGAAAACUUUAACAGUCUCCUGGCUCAGCUAUGGACUCAUGUAUUAAACAUUUUGACUGGAUUUUCACAGCAACAAGUGAAUUAUUUGCAGUAUUACAAACGUCUUGAGUGUGCACUCCUGAACCUGGAGCAAUGUUUUCAUGCAGAUGGGGGCGGCUUGCCUUUGGAGACACUUCACACAGACAAAUUUCUGGCCCUCAAUGAACAUCUGAAAUUGAAUACCUCUUCUACUAGACAGCUAAUUCAGAAAUACUUUGUGAACAAAAUUCAACAACAGAAUUCAACUGAGAACGAAAAAUAUGGAGCAGUAACAAUUAAAGGAUUCUAUCGCAACUCAGAACAAAAGUUGUACAUUGAAAUAUUGAAUGCUGUAAAUCUUUUACCUAUGGACUCCAAUGGUUAUAGUGACCCAUUUGUACAGUUAACCCUGGAACCAAAACAUAUCUUUCCUCAAGUGGAAAUGAGGACAACAGAUUGUAAAAAGAAUGAACUGAAUCCAUUGUUUGAUGAAUCAUUUGAAUUUUUGGUUACCCCAGAGCAGUGCCAAAGUGAAGGGGCCUGUCUCAUGCUGACUGUCUUUGACUAUGACACCAUUGGAGCCAAUGACUUGGAAGGAGAAGCAUUCUUUUCUCUCGGUGAAAUUCCUGGCCUAGACAAUGAUGGGAAGAGUGUGGAUAAUGUUAGUGUUCCCCAGACUAGACUUGCACUGACACAGCCAAAGUCAAAUGAAGAUGAAGUCUUGAAGAUAUUAGAAAUUCGCAAAGGUGACAGGGAAGCCCAAGCUUUCAUGAAGCUGCGUAAACAGCGACUGAAGCAGUCACUCAAGAGCGAUCGAUAAUGCAUGUAUAAGAAGUCAUAAGGACAUGAUAUGAUCAUUUCACCUACUAUGGUCUGUUCAACAAUCAAACAUGGAACUAUUCCUGAUGACAUUUGGACUUUUGGAAAAUAUAUGUAUUUUGUGAUCGAUACUAAUAUAAAGAGAAUAACAGUAAAAAAGUUUUUUUUAAAUCAUGCUGCAUGGCAGAUAUAAGUUGUGCUGUUUUUCAGCAUUAGUGUUGCAUUUUCUUAGAGUUCUCCAAUAUAGCCUUUCAGUGCUUGUACAAGAGCCUUUCUAGUUAGGGAGAUGUAAGAUGUAUCUAACAGCAGUAAUACAAAACUGUGUAUUUUUUUAGAAUUCAUGGAAUUUUAUGUAAAUUUCUAUUGGAUUUAAUUGCUGCAACAGUAAAUCUUUCAGAAUGGAGUUGCCAUGCUUUUUUCCACAAUGCAAGAAAAGUAGGAAGAUACAGAAUGAAAAUCUAUGACUGUUCUGGGUAAUCUAGCAAGUUUUCAGCACUUGAUCUCAUAGUUCUGAAGAUGUGGAGUUUAAACUAUAAUGGUAAUCAUAAAAUACCACCAGAAUCAGUGUGACUGCCUUGUCCAGACAGCGCUGUGUUCUACGCUGAUGUAGUUCGAUAUUUUAUUUUAUCCUCAGAUAUCAUAUUGCUGCCUCUCAUCCCAGUCAGUAUUUAAAAGAUGUACAUACUUACAAACUGUACACAUGGUAUUUUAACUUAAAAUGUUGUUUUUAUAGAAAUAUUCCUAGCACUAAACAUGUUUAUAGAUAAAUGUGAUGAACAUUAGUAUAAGUCUAGAUGUACAAACCAAAAAAA